AUGGGAAAGCAGGGAAAAUUUUAUUUUGAAGCCAGUUAUAGGAGGGGAAGGAUGGAAGAGGAGAAAAGAAUCUUGCGUGUUAGAGGCUCGUUAGAUCAACAAAGCUUGUUGGAUUCCUAUACUCCCACACUCCUUCUGGACACACGAGACAACAAGGGACUUCCUCUUCUUCAUAUUUUCGAUAACCCUGCAACGAAUGCAGAGACGUCCCUGCAUCAAAUGGCUUUAGACGCAACCAGAUUCGUCCCCACAACCUUCAAAUUCCCAACCCAUCUGCAAUCGCAUAGACGCCUACGAGGCAUGUCCUCGGAGAUGUUAAUUUCUGCUCUCCUUCCCAAGUUCCAUGCGCUUGCACCACGUUACCCAAAGUCUCCACUCCACCGCUCUUCGUCAACAUUCAACAUGGCAUCUCUCAAAGACCAACUUCCAUGGACAACGGCACCCAUCAUAAUCAACGCCCCUAUGGCCGGAGUCGCGGGCGGAAACCUCGCCUCUACUGUAUCUCUUUCUGGCGGCUUGGGUCUAAUAGGUGGGCUCUUCGACAUGCAAGAUCUACGAUUCCAGUUACAAACCGCGUCCGAAGCCUUCAACUCCAGCCCUGAGUUCUCAGCUACCAGUGCAAAGUACAAAACUCUCCCUGUAGGUAUUAGUUUCCUUCCGUUUGUGCUCAAACUCCAGGAUGCAUUGCCCGUGGUUCAAGAGUUUAAGCCAAGUGUGGUCUGGCUGUUUGCUGCGAAGGAGCUGGAUGAUUACGCGGAUUGGGCGAAUGGUAUGAGGGAAGUAAGUCCCGAGACUAGGAUAUGGAUUCAGUGUGGGAGUGUGGAGUCUGCGCUUUACAUCGCCAAAGCUGCAAAACCAGAUGUCUUGUGCCUUCAAGGCGCGGAUGCAGGAGGGCAUGGAUUUGAAAAGGGAGCGGGCAUCAUUUCGUUAUUGCCAGAAGCUGCUGAUGCUCUUGCAAGACAAGGGCUCACAGAUAUCGCGCUCACCGCGAGUGGAGGGAUUGUUGAUGGUCGAGGUGUGGCAGCAGCCCUUGCGCUCGGUGCUGAGGGUGUGGUAAUGGGGACCCGGUUUCUCGCAGCGAAAGAAACGGACGUACAUCCCAAGUAUAGGGCAGCUAUUCUAGAAGCGCAAGAUGGAGGCCAAACCACUACUCGCUCCAAGUUGUUCGAUAAUCUCAACGGGCCGAAUAAAUGGCCAGCGCCUUAUGACGGACGAAGUCUCCUUGUCCAGAGUUACACAGACCAUUUGAAUGGGGUGGGCAUCGAGGAAAUUAGGAGACUACAUAAAGAAUCUACAAAGAGUGAAGAUUUGGGAUAUGCGACUGAGGGGAAGGGGAGGGCAGCUAUCUGGGCGGGAACUGGGGUGGGGCUGGUAGAGAAGGUUGAAGGUGCCAAGGAGAUUGUGGAGGAAAGUAAAAUUGAUAUUCAGAUCCAAUCAAAAACAUUUCGAAUAGGAGAUAAGCAAAAUGUAGGAGAAAGGACGUGUAAUGAAAUGAGUUAUUCACUAUGA